AUGGAACCUGAUCCCAACAUCAUCGCCAUCUUCGGUCCACCUCCAGAUGAUAUCGAUAUUUCAGAAAGCAGCGUCGCUCGCAAUAAUGCCGCCGUCAUAAUACUAGCCGUGCUAGCCUCCGUGGCCGUGGUGCUCCGGCUGAUGGCGAGGUUUCUCCAAGGUCACAGCCUGAAGGCGGAUGAUUGGACAAUUCUUCUCUCACUGCUCCUCGUAGGCGCCACCGUCGGCUUGAGCAUCGCAGGCGGAGCUUACGGUGCGGGAAAUCACGUCUGGUCAUUCACACCUCAAGACCUGACACAAGUCUUUAAAAUCCUCUACGCCUACACCUUCAUCUACGGCACAGCCUGCGCCGCCACCAAAAUCUCCAUCCUCCUCUUCUACCAACGCAUCUUCCUCCUCUCCACCGCCUCCUCCCCGUCCUUCAAAUUCUCCCUCGUCGCAGGGUACGUCCUCUCCAUAGCCUACCCCAUCAUCAUCUGGGCCACCAUGGCCAACGCGUGUCGCCCCCUCUCGUUCUACUGGAACCAGUUUGUGGGCGAACAGGGGAAAUGCAUAGACAUCAAUAGCUUCUACCUCGCCCUCGCCAUAAUCAACAUGGUCAACGAUAUCAUUGUCCUCUUGAUUCCCAUCCCGCAGAUCUUAAAGCUGCAAAUGUCGGGCAGGAAAAAGGCUGCUGUUUGUAGCAUCAUGUUGCUGGGAAGUUUCGUCUGCGUAGCAAGUAUAGUCCGCAUAACCCACCUCUCAACCUUCUCCCGCGCUCUCGACAUAACCUGGCAAAUGGGCCCCGUCUUCAUCUGGUCCGCAAUCGAACCCUCGAUCGCAAUCGUGUCCGCCUGCCUCCCGCACCUCGCGCCCCUCCGCCGCCUCGUCCGCCACAAAAUCUCAUCUUCCCUGGGCCACUCCAGUGGCAAUGCCGGAGGUGAAGGGCCCUCAUCUAACAGCGCACCAUGGCGAUUGAAAUCGAAGCAGAGCGCCAGCGGAGGAAAGAACAGCAGCUCUCAAAAUGGCACGGGUGCCCUGUUCACGUACGGCGGGUCAAGGUUUAAUUUUGGCGGGGGAGGGGGCGACGGCAAGUUGGGCGGGGAGUCGGAUGACGAGAUUGGACUAACAAAUCGAAUCACGGCUGGAUCUGGCAGGGUCAAGAAUUUGUCCACUGGGUCGGGGUCCGAGGAGAAUAUCAAUGGGGGGUCAAUUGUUGUUCAAUCAAGCUUCAUCCAGGAGAGCAUGAGGAAUCCGAGGUAG